AUGGCUGAUGAUGAGAAGCACGUUGCGGAGCCUGCCGCUCCGGAGGUCGCUCCCGUCGACUCCUAUGCGGCUGCCCAGAACGAGUUUCAUGACCGGCCUCCCGGAUGGAUUUACAAGGGCUACAAGGUCUUUGGCAGGGAGAUUUACUAUGCCUCGCCCAGAGUCCAGCUCGUGCUGGUCGCUCUCGUGUGUUUCCUCUGCCCCGGCAUGUACAACUCCUUGACUGGUCUGGGAGGUGGUGGUCAGGUCGACCCCACGGCCCAGGAUCACUCCAGUGUCGCCCUCUACAGCACCUUUGCCGUCGUUGGUUUCUUCUCUGGUACUUUUGCCAACCGUCUUGGUCUCCGUCUCACUCUCGGCUUUGGCGGUCUCGGAUACUGCAUCUACAGCGCCUCUUUCCUCAGCUACAACCACAACAAGAACAUCGGCUUCGUCAUCUUCGCCGGUGCUUUCCUCGGUGUUUGCGCUGGUCUGCUCUGGACCGCCCAGGGUGCCGUCAUGAUGUCCUACCCUCCUGAGGACAAGAAGGGUCGCUACAUUGCCACCUUCUGGAUCAUUUUCAACCUGGGUGCCGUCAUUGGCUCUCUGAUUCCCCUGGCUCAAAACAUCCACAGCCACAGUGGAACUGUCAGCGAUGGCACCUAUGCUGCUUUCAUCGUCCUCAUGUUCCUCGGCUUGGUCCUCUGCUUCUUCCUGCUUGACGCCAACAAGGUCAUUCGUGAGGACGGCACCAAGAUCGUCCUGAUGAAGAACCCCUCGUGGACCAGUGAGUUCAAGGGUCUUUGGGAGACUCUGUACAACGCUCCCUAUGUCCUCCUCCUCUUCCCCAUGUUCUUCGCCUCCAACAUCUUCUACACCUACCAGAACAACGACAUGAACGCCGCCGCCUUCAACAUCCGCACCCGAUCCCUCAACAACCUGCUGUACUGGCUCGCCCAGAUCAUCGGUGCCGUCAUCAACGGCUUUGCCCUGGAUUACACUGGCGUCAGCCGUAGCACCCGUGCCAAGGCCUCCUUUGUCUUCCUCUUCGUCCUCACUUUUGCCAUCUGGGGUGGUGGAUAUGCCUGGCAGAAGAUGCAGCCUCCUCGCUCCGUCGUUUCCCAGCCCGACUACGAAUCCCAAAAGGUUGACUGGGAGGAUGGCGGCAAGCUCUUCAUUGGCCCCAUGUUCCUGUACUUCUUCUACGGCUUCUACGAUGCUAUCUGGCAGACCAACAUUUACUGGUGGAUGGGUUCAUUGUCCAACUCUGGCCGCAAGACUGCCAACAUGGCUGGUUUCUACAAGUCCUUCCAGUCCGUUGGUGCUGCCAUUUUCUGGCGCCUUGACGGACUUGGCAAGCCUUACAUCACCAUGUUCGCCGCCACCUGGGGUGUCCUUGCCGGAUCUCUCCUUCUGGCCGCCCCCGUGGUCUUCUUCAAGAUCCAGGAUCACGUCUCCAUCGAGGAGGAUCUCAAGUUCUCCGACGAGACCAUUGAGGAUGUCGUCGUUGGUGCCAACAAGAAUGUUGAUGUGUAA